AUGGAUGAAAUACAAAUAAGAUCGAAAGAAAUACCUCUUGAAGAAAUAAAGUAUAAUUUUGAAAAAAAGAAUUAUACGGAUGUAAUAUUUUUAACUAAUAAUAUUUUUAUUAAUGAAAACUGCAAUGAAUUUGCUUUAAAGACCAGAUUUUAUUGUUUUAUGGAGCUAAAAGAUUAUACAAGAAUAAUACAUGAAAUAAUCUACUGUUUAAUAAAAAUUAAGGAUAAAGAGAAAACUUUCAAAAAUAUAUUUCAAGAAAAUUACACAAAAAUAAGAGAUAAAAAUGUUUUAUUUGAAUUAUUUUAUUCUAUGUAUAAAUUAGGAAAAUAUAAAAAAUUGAAUGGAUGUUUGAAAUUCCUUUUAGAAAAUGAAAAUAAAUAUGAUGAUUUUAUUAAUGUUUUGUUAGCUCAAGUAAAUUUUAAAUUACGUAAAUUUGAGACUUCAAUUAAUACAUAUGAAUUAUUAUUGAAUGACAAAGGAAAACAAGCAAUUGCAACAAUUAAUUUGUAUAGUAGCUAUUUUUCUAUGUAUAUAGAAUUAAUGUAUGAAUAUAAUUUUUUAAAAAUACCAAAAAAUAAAUUAUCAGAAGUUGUUGAAUUUAAAAAUUUGGAAAUUUUGAGAGAAAAAAUUAAAAAAAUUACGAAAAAUUUUAAGUAUGAAGAAAAUGAUAAUUUUGAGCUCCUUUUUAAUUAUGCCAUAUUUUUUACAAUUGAAAAAAAUUACUCUGAAGCAGUUAAAUAUCUCGAUUUAUUAGAAAAUAUAUGUAGAAGCUUAUUAAUAGAUGAUACAAAUAAUUCUAAAAAUUUAUGUAGUACAGAUAUUGCAGAAAUAAAUUCUAAACGUAUUCUUAUUCAAUUAGAGAGAGCAUAUAUAUAUUCUAAAACUAAUAGAAUUAAAGAAUCCCUUAUUAUUUACGAAAAUAUUUUGAAUAGUUAUGAUGAAAAUAUAAAUAACAUUAUAAUAUUAUUAGCUUAUAAUAAUUAUUUGGCUAUUAUGCAUAAUGAUAUAAAUAAAAAUAUUGAUAAAAAAUCAAAUGACAUUAUUUUUAAUAUUAAUAAUGAUAAAUUAAAUCAAAUAAAAUCUUUUAUAUAUAUGAAUAAAGAUAUACACAGUGAGGUUAAUGAAAUUAGUAACAGCAUAAUAAGUUUCAAUGAAUGCUUAUUAUGUUUAAAUGCAGAUCUAAAAGAUGAUUUUAAAAUAAAGUUAAGUAACUUUUCUUUAAGAUUCAAAAAUUCAAUUUUAUUGGAUAUAUUAAAAAUAAUGACAUUUAAAAAUGAAAAUUAUAUGAAAUGUAAAUAUUAUAUUCUUAAUAUAAUUGAUCGCAUGCAGUCUACAGAAAAUAAGAUUAAAUUUAUUAAUGCAUAUGUAUAUCUUUGUUAUGAAAAAAGAAGUUAUAAAGAAAUAGUAAAAAUAUAUUUAAAAUAUGAAGAUAUUUUUCAAAAUAAUGUAAAUGAUUAUAGUAUUUUUUUUUCAAAUAUGUUUUAUAUAUGUAUAUGCAUAAAAUAUACAGAAAAUUUUAAACUAUUAAAUAGUGGCAACACUAAUAAUUUAAAUUUAGUUAUUGAUUUAUUCCAAAAGUAUAAAGAAAAUAUAAAAAAAAAUAUAAAUAUAGUAAACUAUGAAACAUUAUUUUUGGUCAGUAAAUAUUUAAUAUAUCACAAUAAAUCAGAUUUGUUAAUUGACAUUUUUGAUUAUUUAUCCAAUGAAGUUAAAAAUAACUUCAAUUUUUUUUCGUGUUAUACAUACGUUUCUACAUAUAUUAAUUUAAGCAAUGCAUAUAAAUAUGAAGAUAAAUUAAAAAAAACUGUAUUAGGUGAGACAUAUCUAAUUGAUGUAGAUGAAUUGGAAAAUAAAAGUAUUACGUUUGAUUUAACUAUUAACAACGAGAUAAUUUCAGCAUCUGUUGAGAAAAAUAAAAGAAAGCGUAAAAGAAAAAAGAAAAAAAAUGUAGAUUCGAACAACUACAACCAUGAUCCUGAUAAAUGGCUACCAAAACAUGAAAAACCAGGAUAUAAAAAAUUCAAAAAAAAAAAAAAAAAAAGUGAAAUAACACGUGCAAAAAUUGUAAUUGUAGAAGAAAACAAAAAUCAGAUUAACCAAUCUAAAUUGCAAAAAUUGAAAAAAAGGAGGAAGAAGUAG